AUGAACUUUGACCAAAAGUUUAGAAGUGUCAUCAGCUCACUCUUUGCAACACAAAAAGCACACAUAGUGGAUGCUGGGUUGAUUUCAGAGCCGUUUAGGGUAGAACGAGGAGUGAGACAAGGGGACCCCCUCUCUCCUCUUCUAUAUAUACUAGCCAUAAACCCACUGAUUCAGGCAAUCAAUCAAAAUAUUAAAGGCAUUCAAGUCAAUAAUUCAACAUUCAAGAUAGCAGCUUACGCUGAUGAUCUUUCAGUAGGAAUCAGCUCUCCAUCGGACUGGUCCAAACUGUUGGAAAUACUAGCAAAAUACGAAAAAGCUUCAAACGCCAUUAUUAAUAAGGCGAAAUCUACUUUAAUUCCAUUAACAAAUAUUGCUCGAAGGGUUGAACUACCUAACCAGAACAGGUUUAAGCUCUCUAGUGAGGACCAAAACAGCUUCACUAUUCUGGGUUAUACUGUAGAUAUAGAAGGUCAUCCAGCAAAAACUCUCUGGUCCGAAGUGACUAAGAAAAUCAAAAAUAGAAUACAAGAUCUCACACUAAGAAACCUUUCCUUCAAGGGGAAAAUCCUAGCAUCCAAAACACUACUCAUCUCUAAAAUAUGGUACUUGGCCUACCUAUUGCCACCUACGAGAAAGCAAUUAAAUGAAAUUAACUCUUUAAUUACAAAUUGGAUAAAGAAAAACUCAAGAAUGCUACCACAGUACUCAACCUUCCAACUUAGUACUGAACAAGGAGGGCUAGCUGCUCCGAUUCUUAAAGACAUGCUUGAUGUUAGACUAUUGUCAAUAUGGAUUAAACUCCUCUCAAGCAAUACCUUUUGGGCCAGAACAGAAAGAGAAAAGGCAACAAUAAGGCUUCAGAACAAAAGAAAACUAUCACCGGGAGCAGCAUUAUCCCAAUCACCUUGCAAAAUUAAAGGGUGGCCAGAUAGCUGGAAACCCUAUAUUACAGCUUGGAGAAGGUUUAAAGGGAGCAUUAAUACAACCUAUACCUGGCCUUGGACACUCGAGCAAAUCAAAAUAAAUGAUAUUGAAGGACAACAAUUCACAGUCAAAAAAGUUUUACAAAGUUGGUAUAAAUCAACCGAACAAUCUCGCGAUAACUCAGAAAAGCAAAUCGAAGGCUAUAUACCUUACAAGUGGUUAAAAACAAAAUGGGUGCUAAACAAGAAAAAAGACAUCUUUUGGAGACUAAAUCAUAGAGCACUCCCACUAGGUUACCGUCUAGUGCACAUUGACCAGAACAACUUAGAGGACUGUCCGAACUGCCCUUAUGUAACUCAAACAAUAGAGCAUUUUGCUCUAAAAUGUCCACUUAGCAAAAUUAUCUGGGAAACCACAUAUAGAUUGCUUAAAGAAGCAGAAAACGAUCACAUACCUAACUCGCUCGAAGAAAUCUUUCAAGCAACCAACAUAAAAAAUACAAAAAAAAGAGAAGCCGCCACUUGGCUUCAUAUAACAACAAUCUAUGAAAUUUGGUGUUGGUAUACCCAAGCAAGGUGGGGUAACUCCUUAAUACCACAAGAAACGAUCGCAGGGGUUAUAAAGAUUAGACUCAAAUAUGAAAUCAAUCUUCUAUAUAAAUUAGCUUAUCGAAAUCUGAACUCCAGGCCUAACAAGGCCAGGCGCAUAAUUAGUUUUAUAGAACAUUCAACAUAA